CCUUGGAUGUAAACCACAUUACUUCUUUUGCAAGCAGAAGUACAAAGCUUGCCGAGCUGCAGGUCUUCAAUAUUAUAACAACCCCACUCUUUCGCACUGCAAUGGAGUUUUUGCACAGUUUGGGCCAUCUCUUUGUGAAAUUCCACUGCCACUGCAUAAGUUUCAUCGAUUGCAUGCAAAACCAAAUCAAGUUGGUGGCUUCAAACGAGCCUUCAAAUCCGAACAUGGUGGAUCAAAAUGUAGAAGCUAAUGCUUGCAAGUCAUGUAACAAGCUGAUAUCUUUCAUUAGUGAACGAGUUGCGUGCGGUGCUCAUGAUGUUGAGAUGGUGGUGAAGAGGCUUGGCUUGUGGAAUUCUGAGGAGGAGGAGAUUGAUGACGACAAAGAGUGCGGUGGAAAGUGUAAAGAUUGCAUGCUGAUGGAUGAAGCCUACAUCUUGUUGGAGGAGAAAGAAGCGGAUUUGGAGGAGUUGAAGGAGGCUUUUGCAGUUUUUGACGAGAACGGUGAUGGUUUGAUAUCUGCAAAGGAGCUGCGGAGUGUCAUGCAGAAGUUGGGAUUCGAAGAAGGAAAGGAAUUAGAGGAUUGCAGGAAGAUGUUGAGGGCUUAUGAUGAAGAUGGGGACGGUAAGAUUAAUUUCAAAGAGUUCAAGAAAUUGUUAGAAUUCGCAGUUUAGCUGUUUGCUUUGCUUAAUUACCGUUCCUUAAAGUCUUG